GUCAGUUGUCACCAACUCUUUCUGUCUCUCAUGUCCAAAUAAUACAUGCUUCCUUCUUCCACAAUUUCAGCACCCAGAAAAAGUCGAAAUUUCCCACUUUUACCUCCUCCUCCUAAAUUUCUUCCCAAUUUCCUUAAUUUUCUUCAAUUAAACCCCAAUUUCCUCCCAAUUCUGUAGAACUAAUCGGGAAUUUGGGGUUGCAUGAUUGAAUUACUACUUCUCAUGUUUAAUUCUCUACCAAAAUUUCCUCAAUCGCCUGUGAAUUUCACAUCAAAUACCCCAUUUCCUUACUCAAUUUCUCACAUUUUCCUCCCUUCCGACGUUUUCUUCAUAUUAUACUUUAAUUGCUCUCGUUUUCGCCUAAAAAUCUGAUGUUUUUAUGAUUUGAUUUCUCAAAUUUCCACUGAAUUAAUCAAGCGUGUUGUUGAAUUGCGAUUUUUUCGAUUCGAUAAAUGGCGGCAUCAUUUGAUGAGUUACCGUCUCACAUUGUGUUGGAGAUUUUGACUUCAGGAAGGUUGAGUGGUGUUGAUCUUGUUUAUUUGGAAUUGGCUUCAUCUAUUUUUGGAAAGAGUCAAGGGUUGUACCCUUUGAAAUUCCGCUCUUUAGCUGAUUUAGCGGCGUUUCAGCUAUGCGUUUCGCAUUCCGUUUACGCCCCUUUAAGUCCGGAUACUCGUAACGAGCUCUUUGAUCGAUGUGGUGGCAAUUGGAAGAGGGUUUUGAGAUUCUUGCAAUCUGUUGAACAAGCUUCAGACAUAGUCGAGACUCCAGCUGGCAAUAUGCAGAUAAAGGCUGGAAGAUAUCACACUUUGCUUGUCAGCAAUUCAUCAGUUUACUCUUGCGGUUCCAGCUUGUGUGGUGUUCUUGGUCAAGGUUCAGAAAUGACACAAUGCGUGUCAUUUAGCCGGAUCAGUUUUCCCCCUUCUUUACCCGUGGUUCAAGUUUCAGCAUCACACAAUCAUGCUGCCUUUGUCACGCAGUCUGGAGAGGUCUUCACAUGUGGAGAUAAUUCCUCAUUUUGUUGUGGGCAUAAAGACACUGGUCGGCCAAUUUUCCGUCCGCGGUUGGUUGAAGCUCUAAAAGGCAUUUCUUGUAAACAAGUCGCUGCAGGACUUAGUUUUACUAUGUUCCUCACUAGAGAAGGCCAUGUCUACACAUGUGGAACAAACACGCACGGGCAGCUCGGUCACGGUGAUACGAUGGAUAGACCUAUGCCAAAACUUGUGGAAUUGCUUGAAAGUGUUGGCCCUAUAGUUCAGAUUUCAGCUGGUCCAAGUUACUCCUUAGCAGUGGCUCAUGAUGGGACAGUCUACUCAUUUGGUUCAGGUACUAACUUUUGUUUAGGCCAUGGUGACCAGCAUAAUGAGCACCAGCCUCGGGCUAUCUUGUCAUUUAGAAGAAAGGGUGUUCAUAUAGUUCGUGUAUCAGCUGGUGAUGAGCAUGUUGUGGCCCUUGAUUCUUGUGGAUAUGUGUAUACUUGGGGCAAAGGUUAUUGUGGGGCAUUGGGUCAUGGAGAUGAGAUCGAAAAGACAACUCCAGCUCUUGUAAGCAGCCUGAAGAAUCAUCUCGCUGUGCAGGUAUGUGCUAGUAAGAGGAAAACAUAUGUUCUAGUGGACACAGGCUCUGUUUAUGCGUUUGGGUGGAUGGCCUUUGGUAGUCUUGGGUUUACAGAUAGGGGAGCAUCUGAUAAGGUGACUAGGCCACGGAUCCUUGAUAGCUUGAGAGGUCAUUACAUUUCUCAGAUAUGCACUGGCCUUUAUCACACAGUUGUCAUAACGAGCAGGGGCCAGAUUUUUGGCUUUGGGGAUAAUGAAAGAGCUCAACUUGGACUCGAUUCCUUGAGAGGUUGCCUUGAACCAACACAAGUAUUUGUGGAUAAUGCUGAUGCUGUCAAUGUAAAUGUCUAAAUUGCCAAGCUAUAAAGUUUUUUCUUGUUAACCGAGGAUGAAUGUUUGUUGGCUUACCCUGUUAGCCGAGGAUGAUAUUUAUUGAAGGUUGUGACCUGGUUUGGUGGAUAUUGAUUGGAGGAUUUUGUGUCAGAAAUGGAUGUUGUUUAACCUACAAGUGUUUUUAGUCUUUCUAGUACUUUUUGUUUCCUUAUUAAAGUGGAAGAUUUGGACAAAAUGACGGACUGUUUGAUGAAUUGGGUAAAAAAUAUUUCAGUUGUUUGUAUUAAAAGUUUAAAACAAUUGUUACCAAGGAAAAUAACCACAUAAUGAAGAAUACUGGUUAGUGGUUAGUGUUAGAAAGAGUAAGAUGAGGUAUGAGUUUUUGGUUAGUGUUAGAAAGAGAAUAUGGUCCGGUUUUUCAGCAAGUCAUAGAAUAUGGUCUAAAUUGUAGUUACAGCCUUCAGCCUGGGGAAUUUGUAAUUUGUAAUUUGUAAUUUGUAAUUUGUAACUGUAAGUACAUUGUAUGGCAAUUUGUUUAUGGCAUUGGAUGAGAUCCUGAGAGCUCACUGUAUCUCUCAGCUAAGAACUCAUCUUUAUCACA